CCUUCCUUUCUUCCUUCCACUUACCCAACGCGUCCCGCCACCCAAAAACGAUUCAUACCGCCUUCCCGGGCUUGUAUGCUCCUUGCUCCUUCCAGGGUGUCUGUCUGUCUCGUCGCCUUCCCACCCCAAUCCCCAAAAAUCUCUACACUUGCCAACGGUGGGCCGCCUGGGCAGCCGUUCAUAAGCUCCCCCGGCCGCCCACACGGUUCGUCCCUCUACCUUGCAACCACACACCACCCGGCGGCCGCAGCACCUGCGACCAAAUUUAAAGGUCGUUGGCCGCCCCCGCAGAGGCGCUCCGUUUCGUCGCUGCAAAUAUAUUAUUACUGCAGUCUUGCCGUCUGCUUGGCCGUCGAAUCUGCGACUUGACCGCACUCUACGAAGUACGAGCUUUUGGGCACUAUUUACUACCUUGGCUUGGCUUCUCCCAUCUACGUUGCGUCACCCGAGGAUACAGUACCUUACCUAGGCCACGUCGACGAGAGGCACGCGGCUUCGACACCAACGCUCCAGCGGCCAACGUCGUUGCCCCAGUCGUCGCUCCCCGUCUCCGCCUGGCUCCGUGCGGACUUAGACGAGCAAAUCCCGACCGACACGGCGAAAGGGCACGACAACGCGCCAGCCAUUCUAUUACCUCCCACAUCUCCAAGACCAUUCGACACCGCCACAGCUGCUCGCUUGUCACGGCGUCUGGCGGCCAUACCAUCGUUGGGACAAGACCCCGCUCGUUCAAGUGCUCUUGCCAAUCCAUCCUCGCCCGCCUGCUGCUUGUGCCCAUUUGUCACCGCUCCGCCCGCCAUACCAGACCAGCUGCCCCAGCGUCGGCAAGCAACUUACACUCACCACGGGCUUGUCCUGCCACCUCCCCCGAUCAUCGUUUUUCUCCGAGACGCCCCAUACGAACGAAAUACUUCGCCACCAUUAUGGCUGAGGACGAGCUCGGCCGUGGGCACGGGAUGCUGCCGGGGUUCAUGACCACCGACAUGGCGAACGGCCACCAUCUCAACAGUUCUUCCACCUACCCGUUCACGAUGAAUGAGGAACUCGACGAAUCUCAGGGAAAUGCCGCCGCGUCCAGUCGACCUGGCGAGAUCCAGGGCUACCUUCAAGAAUUCGACAGUAGCUGGAGCCAACGUCCGCUGGAGCUGUUCUCUCGGUGGGACAACAGGACCGCGCAUUUCGCACCCUCCCUCCUCGAUCCACAGGACCAAGCCGUCGACUAUGUCCCCCAACACGCGUAUGAACCUGGUUCCCAGUCCAUGGACACAACAGGGCAGCCCACGGGGGCAUUCAAUAUGGCGUCCCUCUUUGCCAAUGACCAGUUAUCCCAAUAUGAUUAUACUGACACCAACCUUGCGAACAAUCCUCAAGGCGGCACACAUGAUCCUGGCAUAUCCUUCCACAGCAGCCACCGGGGUUUUGACCCACCAAUGAUGGUUGUUGACCCUGCUGGGGUACCGUCUCAAGUGGUAUAUCCGACUGCCCAGGGGAUGCCCGGCGGGCCAUCACCUAACCCAACAAACCCACACAUUCACCAGCAUGGCCAAUACACGCAAGGCCAAUCCCAAGAAGGUCAAUAUCAGCCAAGCCAGCAGAACCACGACCAAGAGAGCCAAUACCAACAAGGUCAACACCAGCAGGACCAAUGCCAGCAAGCGCAGUACCAGCAAUACCAAGAGGACCAGGGCCAGGGCCAGCCAGUCCAACCCCAGCCAGCUUCUCUGGAGUGGCAACAUGGUGCCUCUAGGGCUCCUCCAGUCUCCGCACAGCCCGUGGGCAUCCCUGGUCAACAUUGGACCCGGGCAAGCAUUCCCCAUCGGCCGAGAAUACUGUCACAAGCCAGCCUCUCUUCCAACCUCAUGACCGACCCUCAAGUCGGCACAUCCCCGAGCACAUACAAUUCAUACAACCAUCUCGUAGCACCAGCUUUGCUGCCCACAGAGCGAUCCGUAUCAAGCACGACGCAGUUCACAGUAGGCACGGAGACAGAUCAAUCCGUCAAUGCGACUGGUCCUUUUCGGAUACAUGUCAAUGACCCAACCGGGUCCGGCUCAUCUACAUGGCCCGGGCAGCCGGGCCCGUCUGUCAACACACCGGUCCGGGCGGCGCCCCAUGGUACUCCACAAGCCCCCGUCGCCACAGACGAACCAGAGCCAGCAGGCCCAUCGACGGGCAAGAAGAGAAAGGGUAUUCGCAAGGGACCCUUGUCGAGACAGAAGAAGGAUGACGCCAAGAAACGCAAGACCAACCUCAGCAUAUGUGCCCGAUGCAAAUGGAAGAACCGUGGCGUAAGAAAUGCACCUAAUCCUAGCAAGCGGAUGGCACUUUAUCCUAACUCGUGGUUCUUGCUACAGUGUGACUUGGGCGAGGACGGCAAAACACGAUGCACCACGUGCAGUACGGGUCGCUCCAACACGUGUGUCUGUACAAGACACCACUUCAUGCCCCUGCUAGAAGGGGGUGGCGCUACUCAGUUCACUGAACACCAUGGCGUUCAUGCCUUGGUCCCCUACCGAUCUUUGGAGGGCUGCACAACUUCGCAGAUCACGACCGAUCUUGGCGAAUGUGUCAAUAGAGGCUGGUCGCAUAUGAGCCUGUACCGCACCAGGAUGCAGGCACAGUCUGAAUGUACUUUCGACCUGAGGGCAUGUCUCGAGCUGAUCGAUGAGGCCAGCGCCGCCUGCCAUCUCUUCCCCACGUUGCGGGACUUCAUGGCCCAAAGCGGGUUUCGAGCAACGAGCAGAGCUCGCCUGGCAGCCUGCAUCCCCACACUUGAUGAUGACCCCUUCGACUGGGGCUCUUUGAUCGACGACGAGGAGGAUUCGUCUGGCGGUUCCUUCCAGUUCCAGCUUCUGGGGGAUGGCCGACGAAUUGACGCGGACACACGGCUCAACGGGCUCGGCGCUGUUCUCUUCCACAUGUUCGGGCGGCUGAUUGAGCAUCAGAUAUAUUUCGCCUUGUCAGAGAAUCUGAAACAGGGUCGAAAGACUGAUGCGACUAUCACGGGCCUGAGAUGCCUGCACCGAAGACUUUACACAAUGCGUCUUGCCAUUCGCAAGUGCUCCCGGAGUGCUCCCGGAGACAGAAACGCUUUCCACAGAAAGCACCUUCGGGAUCUCUGCUUGAGCCUAGCGAACAUAUAUUUUAACAAACGGGAGUGGGCGCGCAAGUGGACCGACUGGACGCAGCCUGUCCCUCCACCGCUGUUUCAAGGAAAUCUUACAGAGAGAUCAUUCGACGAGUGGCUGACAUCAUGAUUUUUUUGGCCAAUCUCUUAACUACACGACGGACAUGUUUCUUGGAUACCCUGCCGCCACACUAAUUUGAUCGGGCACAUUUACACUUACUUGGAUGGCACGCACAGCGUUGUUUUUUUCUGAACAUCUACCCUUAUUUCGGACGGACUUUUGGCUUUCGGUUGGAAUGUUAGCCUCGUUUCAUUAUGGCAUGGCUGCGUCGCUUCGAUAUCCAUUUUGCCUUGAUCAGAAAGCGCUUCACAGCAGAAACACCCCCUCCCCCUACCCUUAUGUAGGUGGGAAAGAAUUACGGCCAGUUUUACGGACCAGUAGGCUUACGGCUCACGGCUCAUGAGAUGGGAUGAUUGGGAUGCGUUUAUGGUUCGUUUCUUGUACAGGAUACUAGGGGAUGCUCUCGCGAGACUACAAAAGGCAGAGCGCCAGGUGCGCUCACACCAAGUUUUGGUCACCUGGUACCUUAUCAGGCAUACUUGGCUGAAGGGAGGGGGUGUGGCAGGGCAUGCUCCUGGCGAGACACAGGAUACAUCGAUCAUUGUGCGGAGUCGGGACGUUGACCAGGACAGGCCCGCGGAUGGGUCCGGUAUGAGAGCAGUCGGUAGGUAGGCUGUUGCGUCAACAGUCAACAUGCGCAACGGGAAAUGAGACAAUGCGUUGAGUGCCAGCAGACACACUGUUAGAAGGGGGAUGCACAAUUGAGG